CUCACGCGGUUCCYUGGCCAGACGUCCUGCUGCAAAAUUUUGCUUUGUCAUUCUUGGGAUUUGUCAAGAACUUCAGACUAUUCUCAACAAAGAUGAGUUCAAAAGUUGCUGUGGUUACAGGAUCCAACAAGGGAAUUGGCUUUGCAAUUGUUCGAUCAUUGUGCAAGCAAUUCAAUGGCACAGUAAUUCUGACAGCUCGCAAUGAAGAACUAGGAAAAGAAGCUGUCAAAAAGCUUCAAGAGGAAGGUCUUAAGCCARCAUUCCAUCAGUUGGAUAUUUGUUCAAGUGAAAGUAUCCAAAGGCUCAAGGAAUAUCUUCAAAAGACUUUUGGUGGACUUGAUAUCUUAAUCAAUAAUGCUGGUAUGGCUUACAAGAAUGCAUCAACUGCCCCAGAUGCAGAACAAGCAGARGUUACAUCGAGAACAAACUUCACAGGCACGUUGGAUAUUUCUAAUGCUCUGUUUCCAUUGUUGAGGCCACAUGCCAGAGUAGUCAAUGUUGCAUCACGUGCAGGUUUACUAAGGAAUAUAAGCAACCAAGAAUUGAAAAACAAGUUCACCUCUCAAAGCCUGACUGAGGAUGAACUCAAAGACCUUGUAGCUCAAUAUGUGAGGGUUGUUAAAGAUGGUUCAUAUAUUGAAAAAGGAUGGCCAAAAUCAAAGUAUUCCCUAUCAAAAAUAGCUGUUAUUGCACUGACUAAACUCCAUGCCAGGCAAAUGAGUAAAGAUCARAGGGAAGACAUUCUUGUUAACUGYUGUUGUCCAGGAUGGGUACGCACAGACAUGGCUGGACCUAAUGCAAAAUUGACAAUAGAUGAAGGUGCUGUUACUCCUGUUUACUUAGCCCUCUUGCCAGAGGGGUCUGGUUACAAUGGAGAAUUCUUUGCAGAAAAAGCUGUGAUUGAGUGGUGAUUCAGUUCGGUGAUUCUGAUGAUGCUAAUGAAACAUUUACAACAGUUGCAUCAGUCAUAACAGCUCAGUGUAUUAGGUACAAAAAUUAGGACAGUAUAUCAAUGUGAAUAUUGGAAUAUUCUGUGAGAAUACAAAGGUAACUAAUGUUGAAAAGUUGAAAUCUCUAACAGAAAUGUAAAUCAGCUUCAUAAAUUAAAUGUCUACCAGUGAAUGAUA